AUGACUUUCUUCAAGACUUCUUCCCUCCUUGCUCUCGCAUACUCUGCCGCUAAAGUUGCGGCUCACGGACAUGUCGACUGGCUCAUCACCAACGGCGUCGCCUUUAGAGGCUAUGAUGCGCCUGCCAUGUCUUGGAACCCUAACCAGCCACCGGUAGUGGGUUGGAUCAACGGCGCCACCGAUAACGGUUAUGUUGAGCCUAACAGCUUUGGCGAUCCUGACAUCAUCUGCCACAGGGCUGCUAGACCCGCCAAGGGCCAUGUCACUGUCGAGGCCGGUGACAAAGUCGUCCUUCAGUGGAAUACAUGGCCUGAGAGUCACAAGGGUCCAGUCAUUGACUAUCUCGCUAAAUGCCCUGACGACUGCGAGACCGUUGACAAGAACUCGCUCGAGUUCUUCAAGAUCGGCGAGAGCGGUCUUCUCGACAUGACCAUGCAGAGCGGUCGAUGGGCUGCCGAUGUUCUCGUCGCAAACAGCUUCUCCUGGACUCUUCAGAUCCCUGCCCAGCUGGAACCCGGCAACUAUGUUCUCCGUCACGAAAUCAUCGCCCUUCACGGUGCAGGACAGCCCAAUGGUGCUCAGAACUAUCCCCAGUGCUUCAACUUGAAGGUCACCGGUGGUGGUUCUCUCUCUCCUUCUGGUGUCAAGGGAACUCAGCUUUACAAGUCCAACGACCCUGGUAUUUUGUUCAACCUCUACACUAGCUCUCUUUCCUACAAGAUUCCCGGUCCUACUCUGGUUCCCGGUCUUCCCUCUACAGUUGGUCAACUCGCUCCCCAGGCCACUGCCACCUCUAGCGCCACAACCCCUGGACAGACCCAGGGCCUCUCUUCCACUUCGACUACCAGAUCCAGCUCAUCUACAAGCAUCACCAUCAGCGGAGUCACGACGCUCAGGACCGUCACUGCCACUACGACUUCUUCUUCUUCCUCCUCUUCUUCAAGCAGCUCCAAGGCCUCCCCAUCGCCCACCGAUGACGACAUCAUCUGCGGACCUGCUACCGGAGGUCUCCCCAAGUACAGCCAGUGCGGUGGCAAGGAAUACACCGGACCUACUGUUUGUCAAUGGGGUUCGACUUGCAAGGUUCUCAACCCCUACUAUUCUCAGUGCCUCUAG